AUGGCAGGUCAAAAGAUACUUUCCUUCCUGGUUAUAAUAGCUCUUGCAGUUACUUUUGUAUCAGCGGCUCGACUUCUUGAUGAAGACGAUACAUUCUCAGCCUCAACUACUGGGUCAGGUCCCUUCCCUGGUCCUUUACCAGCAACUGGCUCAGGUUCUGUGGGAACUGGCUCAGGCUCUGCGGGAACCGGCUCAGGUUCGGUAGGAACCGGUUUUGGUGGCUCAGGUUCUGGGGGUACCGGUUUUGGUGGCACAGGUUCUGCAGGAACCGGUUUUGGUGGCUCGGGUUCUGCGGGAACUGGCUCAGGUUCUACGGGAACCGGUUUUGGUGCAGGAACAGGGUCAAUACCAUCAAGUGGUUCAGGUCCUUUACCUACUACUGGUCCUGGUCCUCUACCAAUCGCCGGUUCUGUUCCUGGUCCUUUACCAGUUGGUGGUUCAGGUUCCUUGCCAAGCACUGGUCCCGGUCCUCUACCAGCUGCUGGUUCUGGUGCUUUACCGGUUGGUGGUUCAGCCACCGGUCCUGGUGUAGGCACCGGUCCAGCUCUUGGUGGUGCAGGUAUUGGUGGUGGAGCAGGUCCCGACAACACAUUAGUAUUCUUUAUGCACGAUAUACUCGGCGGUUCGAACCCAACCGCCAGAGCCGUGACCGGAGUCGUGGCUAACCCGGCUUUAAGCGGUCAACUCCCAUUCGCCAAACCGAACGGCGCAAACCUUCCGAUAACCAACGGAGUCCCAUCGAACAACAACAACAACGGAAUCGUCAACAACAACAAUGUCCCUCUUCUCGUUGGACUCGGUGGAACAACGGCUAGUAUUCUCCAGAACAACGGUAAUAACGGAAACAACAACCUUUUAAACGGUCUUCCCGUCGCUAACGGCGGUCAGCUCCCGAGCGGUUCGGCUCUUCAGAUGCUUAUGUUCGGGACGAUGACUGUGAUCGAUGAUGAACUAACCGAAGGGCACGAGCUCGGGUCUGGUUUGCUCGGAAAAGCGCAGGGAUACUAUGUGGCGAGUGCGAUUGAUGGGACCAGCCAGACGAUGGCGUUCACUGCCAUGUUUGAGAGUGGCGGUUAUGAAGAUAGCAUAAGUUUCUUUGGAGUUCAUAGAACGGCGGCUUCGGAAUCGCAUUUAGGAGUUAUGGGAGGUACAGGGAAGUAUGUGAACGCGAGAGGGUUUGCGAUUGUGAAAACGUUUACGGGAUCUAGUGGGACGCAGACGCAGCAGCCGCAUCAGUUCACUGAUGGUCUUGAGACUGUUCUGCAGUGUACCGUUUAUCUAUCUUACUAG